AUGCCUACCCCCAACUGCAGACUCACUCCUUCUCUUGCUAGCACUGAUGUCCAGUUGCUACAAGCUUUGAAUGCGAUGAAAGAAGAGAUGAAGGCCAUGAAGGAUAAAAUCACAUUGAUGGAUACAAGAAUCGGUGUAGUGAUCACCGGUAACGCAACCGCCAUUAAUGGCAUUGAUGCCUUGUCUGCCCUCCCAGCAUCUGCGCAUGUGUCCACUAAUGUUGCAUCCACUUCUGCUGCCCUUCCCAUCACCGAAUCAAGUGAUACUAACGCUGUAUUUGGAUACAUUCAUGGUUAUAUGUGGAACCCAAAGCUAAAAUCAAGAGACCAGGCAGAAAUCCAAGCAAACGCCAUAAAACCAAAGUGGGCAGUUGAUGUUCGUUUUGAUCGCUCUCCAAAUAGAGAGUUAGUCAAACAACUCUUGUAUUACUUGGAAAAGAAGUUUGCUGGCACUGAUAUGAGGACACGCGACCUUCGUAAGUGUAUAUAUACAAACUUCUGUAGUAGACGUCGCCAGCAAAGGGAACUUCCGGAAACAAGACGAGCCUUGAAUACUAAUUCAAGAAGAUCUGGCCGUGAAACUGAUAACUACACUCGCCGUCGCCUUGCUUAUGAUGCUUACAAGGCUGACAUUGAUCUCAAGAUGGGUCGAAACUGCUCUGGACUGAUCCAAAAGUCGGUCAUGUCUGAAGGCGAAUCAGACGAUGAUAUUUGGAGAAGUGAUGAGCUUAACAAAUUCAUUACGGAGGUUGACUCGUUUGUUGUUAAGCAAUUGGGUGCAAAUUCCCGCCAACUGCUUAAGAGAGUUUAUGGUAGAACAGUGGAAUCAACAGUCCCAAUUGAUUUAGAUCCUGCUCUACCUCAAUGGGCUCUUAAAUAUGGGUCAUAA